UUUGAUCAGGACGAUUGGGCUGCAUGGUCGAAGUUCACAGGCUCCGUAAGCAUCCAGAUCGUUGGUGACGAUCUGACUGUUACAAAUCCUAAACGUGUCCAGACGGCGAUCGAUAAGAAGGCCUGCAAUUGUCUCCUGCUUAAAGUCAAUCAGAUUGGUAGUGUAACCGAAUCAAUCCAGGCCUGCAAAAUGAGUCAAGCUGCUGGUUGGGGCGUAAUGGUGUCGCAUCGCUCUGGCGAAACCGAAGACAACACCAUUGCCGAUCUAGUCGUUGGUCUGCGCACGGGUCAGAUUAAAACGGGGGCGCCAUGCCGUUCAGAGCGUCUGGCCAAAUACAAUCAAUUACUUCGCAUCGAAGAAGAGCUUGGCUCGGCCGCCAAGUAUGCCGGGGACAAUUUCCGCCACCCUAAAUAG